AUGGCUGCUCGGCCAGCAAAUCAAGGGUCAACCGAAUCUCCGCAAGAUCGUCGAAAGCGAUUAAGCAUCGAAAGUGUUAAACAAGCGGCGCUUCGAAGCAAGGAGACGCCAGUGCAGCAUGCAAUACGCCUGGAGAAGCUGAAGGCAAAGCGUGGAAUGGACUCGAUCGAGGAACAUGCUAUACGCCUGCAGUCCGUCAAUUCGAAGCGCGAUAAGAAAACUUCCGAGGAGCACGCUUUACGUCUGCAGAAGAUGAAGGCACGACGCGACAUGGAAGCGCCAGAAGAGCAUAUCAUGCGUCUGCAGAGACUUAAACGCGCGAUAUGGAAAGCUUUGCAUGUGUCUGAAAGCGUCGAAGAACGGAAGAGCCGACUUGAACGCCGGCGACAAGGGCUUCAUCGCGUUGAAGAAGCCAAGAGCAACGAUAAAAUUGCCUCGGAAGCGCAAUGUGCUGCACUGGACGGCGCUGGCUUGCUUCAUGAAUACUCCAAGGACAUGAAGUCCAAAAUCCUGGGUGAAUUGGGAUUUGCCCUCUGGAAUGGAUCAAUGUGUGUGCUGUGUGACAUGCUGCAAUCCAUGGCAGCCCGCUUGCGAAAUCCUGACGCCACGUUGUGCGAUGAGUUGGUCGCGUUUUACGAUUGCAAGGACAUCCAUCCUGCCUUUGUUGGUUUGAUGCUCUCGCGCAAAGGCAUCACGCAUGCUGGCAACGUCAACAACAUCGAAAAUCCGAAGGAUGUCGACUUCAACGUUUGCUUGGAGUGUGAAACCGUCCUCCUUCAGCCUUGGCUAAGUGAACUGCCACGUCACUACGUGUUUCCGGGCGAGCGUGUGGAUGCCGAGCGUGACAUCGAGCGUGAUUUCGAUGACGACCAUCCUAUGACACAUGCCGAUCAAGAUGCCUGCCAGUAUGACGAUCCUAUCGACGACACUGACGGAAGUUCCCUGGAUACGUUGGCAGCCUCCAUCGCGCUAAGCAUGGCACUAGACGGAGGCGAGCACGAAGUCGCAUUACAACAAUGUACACUUCUCGAAGAACCCCACUCUCGAACCUUACCGCCCUAG